AUGCAGAGCAACUUCAGCAAAGUGAGCUGUGCUGAACACAGGGAGUCACUGCCAUCAGUUACAGAUUUGAUUAAUGUGAUAUUUGCAGUGGGUAUGGUGUUUGUGGUUCCACAGAUCAGCCCAUUAACAGUAACACCUGGGAGGGCUACGGGAAGAUUCAACACCAGUUUGGAUGAGGGCUUCAUUUUGGUGGGCUUCUCAGAUUGGCCCCAACUGGAACUUACCCUAUUUGUUUUCAUUUCAGUUUUCUACUCCUUAACUCUGUUUGGCAACACCACCAUCAUUGUUCUCUCCCGACUUCAUGUGAGCCUGCACACGCCCAUGUACUUCUUCCUCUGCCACCUCUCCUUCUUGGACCUCUGCUACACCACCAGCACUGUGCCCCAGCUGCUGGUUAAUCUUUCUGGACUUGACAGGACCAUCAGCUAUGGAAGGUGUGUGGCCCAACUCAUCAUAUUCCUCUCCCUGGAUGGAACUGAGUGUGUGCUCUUGGUGGUGAUAGCCUUGGAUCGCUAUGCUGCUGUGUGUCAUCCACUCCAAUAUAUGACCAUUAUGCACCCCCUUCUCUGCCAGGCAUUGGCUGUUGCUUCCUGGUUGGGAGGGCUUGUGAUCUCGCAGAGUCAGACAGGGCUCAUGACGGCUAGGCCUCUAUGUGGCCAUCACCUUAAUCACUUCUUCUGUGAGAUGCCUGUGCUCCUUCAACUGGCUUGUGUGGACACAAGAGGAAUAGAAGUCAAGAUGUUUGUGGCACGAGUCAUGAUGGUUGCUAUACCUGCAGCACUAAUUCUGGGCUUCUUUGUACACAUUGCCAGGGCCAUGCUGAAGGUCAAGUCAGUUGUCAGGAACAGAAAGGCUUUUGGAACUUGUGGGUCCCAUCUCUUGGUGGUUUCUUUGUUUUAUGGCUCAGCCAUCUACACAUACUUACAACCCAAGGGCAGUUAUUCUGAGAGCAAGGGGAAGUUUGUUGCCCUUUUAAAUACUAUAAUCACCCCCAUGCUCAAUCCUGUGAUUUAUACCCUGAGGAACAAGGAUGUAAAGGGGGCUCUGUGGAAGGUACUAGGCAAAGGCAGAGACUCGGAGUAG